AUGGGAGCUCCAAAUGACACAGUGGUGACUGAAUUCAUCUUGAUUGGGUUGUCUGAACACCCCCAAGCACAGGCUGUGCUCUUUUGCUUCCUCUUGCUGGUAUACCUCAUAAGCUUUCUUGGGAAUAGCUUCAUCAUCAUAUUGAUUAUUGUAGACUCUCAUCUUCAUUCUCCCAUGUAUUUCUUUCUUUGCAUCCUCUCCUCAGUGGAUCUCAUCCUCUCCAACAAUGUAAUUCCUGAAAUCCUGGUCAACUGCUUCUUUUACAGGCCCACAAUCUCCUUCUAUAGGUGCUUGGUUCAGAUGUAUGUCGGUCUAUUACUCGUUGUAAUAGAAUGUCUUCUUCUGGCUGUCAUGGCAUAUGACCGCUUUGCAGCAAUAUGUCGGCCACUCCACUAUAUGCAAAUCAUGAGCUGGAGAUUUUGUACUGGUUUAGUGUCUUUAUGUGUGGUCCUUGCAUCACUAAAUACCUUGAUGAACAUUUUGUUGCAACCAACUGACUUCUGUGGGCAAAAUGUUAUUAACCAUUUUGGAUGUGAGCUACAAUCGUUCCUCAAACUGGCCUGCUCUGGCACACACGCUCCAGAGCUCUAUAUGCAAGUUAGCAGCAUCUUUGACCUAAUACCCCCCUUUGGCUUCAUUGUUCUGACAUACGGGCGCAUAGUCUUAGCGGUCCUGCGCAUUCGCUCAACACAUGGACGGAAGAAAGCCUUCUCCACCUGUAGUUCGCACAUUACGGUGGUCAGUAUCUUUUACGGUACAAUCAUGAUCAUGUACUUGAAACCUCAAGAAAAAUCUGCUUCGGAUCAAGAUAAGAUCAUAUCUUUAAUGUACGUGGUUUUUACUCCCUUGCUCAACCCCCUGAUCUACAGCUUGAGGAACAAGGAGGUGAAGGGAGCUUUCUGGAGGUUGUUUGGAAGGAAAACGUCUGAAUAA